CAGUGUUACUCUCCAAUUGCCAAAAUUUCCUUCUCAAACUUUAAAGAUAACUUCUCCUCAGGAGUCAAUUUCCUGAGGAGAAGGUUCAGUUCUGGUGACCUUCAGGGAGAACUACGAGAUGAGGAUAUUCUUAGUUCUAUUCCGUUAAAGAAAGGACCUUCCCCAAGUGCUCCCAGCUCGCCUUCAAAGACCCCUACUCCAGCCAAUUUGGCCCGAGGUUUUUUCUCUGCAGGAAAACCAGCAUACAAUAAAGAUAGAUGCAAAAUAUUAUUAGUUGUUGAUGAUCAUCACACAGAUUGGUCAAAGUAUUUUAGAGGCAAGAAAAUAUUUGGAGAUUGGGAUGUUAGAAUUGAACAGGCUGAAUUUAAUGAGAUAAACCUAGCUGCCUAUACAGAUUCAGGAACAAUGGUUGAUAUACAAGUUAAUAGGAAUGGUACUAGAGUAGUUCGGUCUUUUAAACCAGAUUUUCUUUUAAUACGACAGCAUGUAAAAGAUGCCCACGAGGAUUGGAAAAAUCUACUUUUAGGCUUUAAAUAUGGUGGAGUUCCGUGUAUUAAUUCUGUGAAUGCUAUGUAUAAUUUUUUAGACAAACCAUGGGUGUUUUCACAUCUUAUACAAAUUCAACAAAAAGUGGGAGCAACAAAUUUCCCACUGAUAGAGCAGGCGUAUUAUCCCAACCACAAGGAAAUGCUCAUCACUCCUAAAUUUCCAGUUGUUGUCAAGAUUGGUCAUGCUCAUUCUGGACUAGGAAAGGUUAGAAUAAACAACCAUUAUGAUUUUCAAGACGUGGCCGGUGUAGUGGCCGUUAGUCGAUGCUAUUCUACAACUGAACCUUUUAUAGAAGCUAAAUAUGAUCUUCAGGUUCAAAAGAUUGGUCAUGUUUACAAAGCCUUCAUGAGAAAAUCUAUAUCUGGUAAUUGGAAAGCCAAUACAGGUUCAGCUAUGUUAGAACAGAUAGCAGUCACUGAAAGAUUUAAAUUAUGGGUAGAUGAAUGUUGUCAGUUAUUUGGUGGAUUAGAUAUGGUGGCUGUAGAAGCUAUACAGGGUAAAGAUGGAAAGGAGUACAUAAUAGAGGUCAAUGGAUCAUCAAUGAACUUAUUAGGAGAAACACAAGAAGAAGAUCGACGACAAAUAUCUGAAUUAGUUCUACAAAAAAUGCAACAACAAUGUCGACCAACACCAACUAUGAGUAGAACAAUGAGUUCUGGUGGUGUAUCACAUCAUGCUACCAAUGGUAAUCAGAUGCCAGUUAAUCAACCAACACAUCCACAACAACAACAACCUCAUAAUCAACAACAUCAGUCUAGGCAGCAAGAUGGUCCAAAUGCUAACUAUGGACCAGGGGGUCGCCAAAUGCCACAAGGUGGUCCACCACAUCCCCACCACCCUGGCUCUCAUGGUGGUGAAGAAGAGGACACCAUGCAGAAUCUACGCAAGACUUUUGCUGGAAUAUUUGGAGAUAUGUGAUUAUAGAAAAAUUAGCUGUAAUUACUAAAUUAUAUUACAAGCCCUGGCUAGCUAAAACCUAGAUAAUAUGAUAUACAUUAUACUGUAUAUUUUAGCUAAAUGAGUGACUUAAUAUUGCUCAAUAAAGUACUAAUAUUUAUAAGCUAGUGCUCACAUUAUGUAGAUUGUAGAAUAAAGUAUAGACUUAUAGAAUUAAUGGUUUAGAAGACUGAUAUGUGCUAUUAAUAACCAUUAAUCAAGUAUCAUUAUAUAAGAUUUAUCAACUUAUUUCAUUCUAUUUUAAUCAAACAUUGUUCAAAAGAUGCCAUAUGUAUGUGGUUUGGGUUGUUUGUUUUUUUUAAAAAUAGGUACCAUACUUAAAGUUUCAUUAUUUGUUCCUAGUUGUUAUUUAGUCCUCUCUUAGGAUGUUUUUAAAGUUUUAUAAUCAAAAUAUAUAUAAUUUUACAUGUUGUAAAUAUUAGCUCAUUACAUAAAUAGGAUAAGCAACUAAAAGAAUUGAGAAGGAUCAGGAGUGAAUUAAGUUUUAGAUCAGUAGAUGAAUUCAGGUUAAGAUUAGUAGAUGAAGUAGUUUUUAGAUUACAUUUGAUGUACCAAUUUCAAAUAAUAAGACCACUGUUGGCCCCCCAGUCAUGGUAGUGUCUGAUGGUUCACAUCAUCAGUAGAACAAGUAUGUCAUCCAGUGAUUACAUGGAACUCUAUGGCUUCUAGCUCAUUUAAAUCUCAAAUGCUUCAAAUCAGUACCAUAUAUUCCAUAACAAUUUCAGGCAAAAAAGGUGUUGCUAUUCUUACCUUGUAUUCUCAUUCCAAUAAACUCUAUUUAUGCAGUUUCUUUAGUGGCUGUUAGAGCAGAAAAUAUAACAUUUGAAAUUCACAUACUACUCAAUAUUACAAAUAUAAAAUGUAUGGUAAUUAUUUGAACAAAGUAAUUUUCUUGGCUCAAGAUAUAUGCAAAUUUGCUUUUACUUAAAGAUACAUUAUGAGAGAUUAGAUAGAGCUGGCAGUUCUCACUAUAAUAGUUAAAAACUAGAUAAUGUAAAGGGAAUUUGCUGAAAAUUUCAGUCAAAUUGAUCAUCAUUACUAAAGUCGAUACGAUAAAAAACCAAAAGUCUCGGCUAUUCAUUUCAUGAUUAAAUCAUGAAUGAAAGUUGAGCAGCAAAUCAGAUCCUAAUCCAGUAAAUAUCGCAGGCUAGCGAUGACAUCGAGAGUUGAUUAUAGUCUGGAUAUGUUAAUUAAUGUCUAUUUAAUAAUUUAGAUAAUAUUUCAGGCCUAAAGAAAAACAUGAAAUAGGCAGAUUUCGCUCUUGCAUAGCAUUAUGUAUGUUUAAGCAAACAAAUAACCAAAUACAAAAAGAACCAAAUAUAGCAUUGGCUGCUAUGUGCCAGACACUGGAGUGUUGUGGUACCACAUUGUUAUUUAUUAUUGAUUAUGAUGGAAGAUGAUCCCGGACAUUAAAUAUAUGAAAUGGUUUGUGUUGUGUGACAAACUUAUAAAAAUGUCCACUAGAUUAUAAAAACAACCCAAUCCAUAUAUUUUCAUAUCUAGAGUUAUCUUUAUUGGUAAUUAAUAUUAUCCUCAUGGAUAAAUGAAAUACGGUUUAACUACUACUUUUGUGCACCAUUGGGACUAAUGAAAAUAGCUAGAUGAAGACCAUAAGCUGAUGGUUAUAUAUGUGUAUUUAUAGAAAUUAUAUCUUGUAGGAUUGAUCUCAACAAGUGAAUUUUUAUUUUUUGUUGUAUAGCAAAACCGUGGGAAUAGUCAGUGAAUUAUUAAAAUGAUUGUGAUGAAAACUAAAUUCUAGUCAUAUAACAUUCCUCGGACACAUACAGUAUAUUAUCUUGUGUCAAUUUUUAUCUUCAGUCAUUUUUUAUAAAGAGUAUUAUAUUGUCUUUUAAUUAGUCAAUGUAAGCAGUUUCAAAAAUAAGGUUCCAUUUACGUUAGGUUUACGUUUUUCAUAAUUUUACAAAAAAGAACAACAAAACAAUCUGAUAAAAUCUUUAAUGGUAUUGGAUGCAUCCAUUAUAACACUGCCAGUGACAUAACCUCGAGAGAUGGUCCAAAACUUAAUCUGCCUCUUUCGACUGGGCACUUCUUCACCUUACUGUGAUUGUGCUACUGAAUACUGCUGAAUUGCUACCUGAUGUUAGUUCAUUCUACUUCUAUUAACAAUGGUUUUAAUCUAACAAUAAAUUUAUUUUAUAUGGCUUAGAUUAUUAUUGUCACAUCUAUCUGUGUGGUGUAUGAGGUAGGUUGUUAAUUUUUUUCAUGUUUAUGUCAUGUUUCUGUGUAAUAUGAAUCAUUAUUUAAUGUACUAUGUACAGUUAGUUUUUAUUAUUAUUUUUUAUAUUAUUUAAUAUUAAAAACAUAUCAUUCCAUUUUUAUUUUAAUGUAUUGUUUGUUAACUCUUGAAAUUCCAUUUGUACCCAAAAUAAGUUUACAUUAUGCCUAUAUGUAAAACUGUUAUUAUUUAAUGAUUUAAUUAUAUAUAGUCCUACUUCAUUAUGUAUAAUUCAUUAAUCAUUAGUUUCACGAAUUUGUUUAUUAUUUAAUCAAGAACAAAUUUGAAGUUAGUUUGACUAUGAAGUGUGUACCUAUAAUAUAGUGUGUUGUAAAAACUGUGAUCUGUUCAAAUUCGUUAAGUUUCUGUUGAAGUUCAUUAAAUUGAAAGUUAAUACAGAAAUUAAAGAUUACAUUAUCCAAGAUUUAUAGAAGAUUUGAUCAUUUGGGUGAUUAAAUGAACAGUAAGCCUAAAAGUUGUGAUCUUAGGUAAAAUCCAAUUAACCAUAUGAGAAGAGAGGUUCUAAUAUUUCACAGAUACAAUAAUAAUUUAUAUACCUUUGGUUAGUAUAACAAUAUCUUUAAAUCAAUAAUAAUAAUAAUUGAUGUCCAGCUUUCUGUCCAAAGGAAGGAUGUAAGCUGGAGCAUCAACGAAGGCAAAAACGUUGACUAGCUGUCCAAAUAAUGAUGUAAUAUGUUGAUCUAGGCUUGUUUUUAGUAUUGGGUAUACUUUCUCUGCAGACCAUAUUGUUCAGGUCUGCUCCAAAUAUCGAGAGAGAAUAAAAUCUACCCUCUCUCAAAUUGUAUAGAUUAAAAACUGGUAGUAUCCUUUGGGCAAAUAUUAGGCGAGUGAAUAAGCUAUAAGUCAAUGUAUUUUAGCCAAUUCAGCAAAUGACACCAGUGUCAAUUUGCAAUAAAACUUAAAUUAUGGGGUUUAGCAAGAUUACCAAGAAGACACUUCUCAUAACCAAAUAUAUAGGUGGCACAAGCUCCUUCUUAUGGCUGUUUACAAAAAUGCAGGUACGGGUUUUCUGUAUAGUGACUAUAUAAUCGCCCCCCAAUAAUGUUUUUACUCUUAAAAGAAGAAGCUCAUUCACUUAAGAUAUAUUCCACUAAAACUAGUACUGUUACUUUCAGUUUGACACAGAGUAUUACCGAAGUCUACCCAACCAAUACUAACCUGUGCGUAUAUUUGAAUGAAUUGGCCAACGAAAACGGACCAAAUAACAUGUAAAUAUAUUGAUAAAUUGGCACAUCUUCACCUGUGACUGUAAUUACCAAUUAGUUCUUAAAAUAAUAGUUUCCAGAAUAUAACUAGAUGAUGUUGUUGUACCGUGAUACACUGAGCUACAGAGCUAAAGGUGCAUAUAUUUAUGUUUAAUUUAUAUAAUGUACAUAUUCUAUCAUAAAUAAUCUAUAACUUAUACGUUUUGUUAAUGUUUUUAUAGUAUACUGUACUACACUUGGUUGUGCUUAAGUUUUAUUGUUUUUUGUGAUAUAUUUGUUAUGUAUUAAGACGAUGGUCAAGAACACAUAGUUUUAAAUUAAGAUCUACUCUGUUUUUCGGCGGUUUACUCCACUUUAUAUGUAAUCUAUAAGAAGGGCAAUCCGAAAAGAACAAAUAAGUUUAAUUAGAUGGACCACCUGAAGGUCUAUUAUGACAAACCUCAAAAUGUUGUCCAACUCAGACAUGUAAUUUUAUUUACAUUAUUAUCAAGCCAAAUUUAUUCCAAAUACUCAUUUUGUCGUAGGAUUAAAUACUAAAAGGUGUUAAUCAAACUAUAAUAGGUUUUUGUUUGGGGAUGCUCACUGCCCAUAGCCGUAACUCUGGACCUAAAAAAUGGAGUAUUGAAAUGAAAUGAAAUGGGGUUUAACGUCCUACUAAGAAAUGGGAGUAAUGGCUAGGUUUAAAAAUAUUAUAUGCGAAGAUAGCUAUAGACUAUUACAAGCGUUUUGUCUAAUUAAACGGUAUUAUUAAACCAACAUUUUCAAUACUUUGAAUUUUAACCGAAUGUUAAUCAAUAAUUAUAAAAAUAUUUCUCAUUGUUUGUUUUUUUUACGUCUAAAAUGUUAUGCAAGAAUUCUACUGUAUUAUGUCGGUAUUAAACCACACCUAAAAAUUAAUAUGUAAAAGCUUUUUAACUGUUGAUAAUAGCAUUAGAAAACAAAUCAAUAAAAGCUGAGUUUUUUUC